AUAUUUGCUCUCUUAUGUACUUCAUAGCUGAUAAUGGGUGAAAAAGCAAUGCUAUAUCUGGUGCUUCUCAGUUAUUUGUUGGUUGCGGAAACACAGACAACUAAUGAGGAUUUUACAGCUCUGAUGUCUCUUACCAAUAGCUGGCAGAAUAAACCAUUCAAUUGGGAAGGUUUAGAUCCUUGUAGUGGUUGGGAUGGAAUCAAAUGCACCAAAUCACGUGUUACAUCCAUAAAAUUACCGGGCUUGGAUAUUAAGGGCGAGCUUUCCUCAGAUAUUGGGUCACUGUCUGAAUUGGAGACGUUAGAUCUCUCUCACAAUAAGGGUUUAACUGGUUCACUUCCACAUUCAAUUGGAAAUUUGAAGAAGCUGUCAAACUUAUUUCUUGUUGAUUGUGGUUUAAGUGGUCCUAUUCCAGAUGAAAUAGGAUCACUUAAGGAGCUGGUCUUCUUAUCUUUAAAUUCGAACUGCUUUAGUGGACGAAUUCCGGCUUCUAUUGGGAAUCUAUCAAAACUUAAUUGGUUAGAUAUAGCUGACAAUGAGCUUGAAGGACCAAUUCCAAUAUCAAGCGGUGGUGCACCUGGCCUUGAUAUGCUUAUCAGUACCAAACACUUUCAUUUUGGGAAGAAUAAGCUUUCAGGUACAAUUCCACCACAACUUUUUAGCUCCGAAAUGGCUCUUAUACAUGUGCUUUUUGAAAACAAUGAAUUUGAGGGCAACAUUCCUUCAACUCUGGGACUGGUUCAGAGUCUGGAAGUGGUGCGCCUUGAUAACAAUAUGUUAAGCGGACAUGUGCCUCUCAACAUCAACAAUCUUACCAAUGUUUAUGAGCUGUACUUGCUCAACAAUAAGUUGUCAGGCCCCCUUCCAAACCUUGAGGGAAUGAACCAACUCAUCUACCUGGAUAUGAGUAACAAUAGCUUUGAUGCAUCGGAUUUUCCAGCAUGGAUUUCUAGUCUUAAUUCUCUGACAACACUAAGGAUAGAAGAUGCAGGAAUUCAAGGGCAGAUUCCUGAUUCUUUAUUUAGCCUUUCAAAGUUAAAGAACGUGAUGCUACAAGACAAUAGAAUAAAUGGAACUUUGGACAUUGGGAACACCUACAGCAAGCAGUUACAACUUAUUGAUUUGCAGAAUAAUGAAAUUGACGACUUCAAGCAACAAGAUUUGGUAAUCUCCGGGCUCAAAAUAAUACUUGCCCAUAACCCAAUUUGUGAGGAAUCAGGAGUGACAAAGAGUUACUGCUCCAUCCCAGGACUCAGUACACCAUUUACCAAAACAAAGAAUUGCCAACCUGCCACCUGCAGUUCAGAUCAGGUUUUCAGUGCCCAUUGCAAAUGCUCAUAUCCGUAUACAGGAGCUUUAAGGUUCAGAACACCUUCUUUCUGGGACUGGGAAAAUGAAACUUCCCUCCAGGAAGAUCUUAUGCAUACUUUUCAGACUUGUGGUCUACCAGUGGAUUCAAUUUCUCUGAGCACUCGUAGUAAACACCCAUCUCAGUAUCUUGAAUUCACCUUACAAAUCUUCCCAUCAAGCCAUGAUCAUUUCAAUCAAACAGAGAUUUUGAGCAUAAGUUCGGUACUAAGCAACCUGACUUCAGAGGCGUUUUACUUUUUCCCUGAUGAAUAUGGACAUUAUGAAGAACCCAAUGAGGCAAGUAAAUCAUCAAAAUCUGGCAUCAUAGUUGGAGCAGCAGCUGGUGGUGGUUCUGCCCUGCUUGUGUUACUACUCCUCUUAGGUGGUUAUGCUUUCUGGCAAAAGAAAAGGGCGGAAAAAGCAAUCCAACAAAAUAAUCCAUUUGGACGUGGGGACCCAAGUGACAGCAAUAGUAUCAUCCCUCAGUUAAAAGGAACAAGGAGAUUCUCUUUUGAAGAGAUGCAGAAAUGCACCAACAAGUUUUCACACGCUAAUGAUAUUGGAUCUGGGGGAUAUGGAAAGGUUUAUCGGGGAGUUCUACCCAAUGGACAACUAAUAGCCAUAAAACGAGCUCAAAAAGAAACUAUGCAAGGAGGGCUCCAGUUUAAAGCUGAGAUUGAGCUCCUAUCAAGGGUCCACCAUAAGAAUCUUGUUAGCCUUGUGGGGUUCUGCUUUGAGCGAGGGGAGCAAAUUCUGGUGUAUGAGUAUGUUCCAAACGGAACUUUAAAGGAUGCUAUCUUAGGAGGUAAGUUGGACUGGACUAGACGACUUAAAGUAGCACUUGAUAUUGCAAGGGGCUUGGAUUAUCUUCAUGAACGUGUCAAUCCUCCUAUCAUCCAUAGGGACAUCAAAUCAAGCAACAUUUUGCUGGACGAGCGCUUGAAUGCUAAAGUUGGUGAUUUUGGGCUUUCCAAGCCUAUGGUUGAUUUUGAAAAGGAUCAUGUUACCACUCAAGUAAAAGGGACGAUGGGAUACAUGGACCCAGAGUAUUAUACAAGUCAGCACUUGACAGAGAAGAGUGAUGUUUAUAGCUAUGGAGUGCUAAUGUUGGAGUUGAUAACAGCAAGGAGACCAAUAGAACGAGGAAAUUAUAUUGUGAAGGUGGUUAGGAAUGAAAUUGAUAAGACGAAAUACUUAUAUGGGCUUGAGAAAAUUCUGGACCCAAACAUUGGUCCAGGGUCAACAUUAAAAGGUUUUGAGAUGUUUGUGGAUCUUGCAAUGGAGUGUCUUGAAGAUUCACGUGAUGACAGGCCUACAAUGAAUGAUGUGUUAAAAGAAAUCGAAACUGUGUUGCUGUCAAUUGGGUUGAACUGCUCAGUUGAAUCAACUUCAUCUAACUAUGACGAGGUAAGUGUCCAAUUCUCACCAUCCCAACAACAUUGAGUAUCUUGCUUCAAGUGGCUUACUUCAUCUAUAAUUGAGCCUAAGGUGUUGGAUUUUGUUACAAAGUAUAGCCGAACAUGGUAUAGAUUGGGUUGUAUAUUAAAUCCUUGAGGCUUCUGUUAAUAUUUAUAACUUACCAAUGUUUUUGUUACAUACAGUAAAUAUUACUUUGGAAUUUAUAAGGAAAUGGUUUGUGUUUUGGGUUUG